AUGGCAACCUUCGACAGCUUUCGUUACGCACUUGACAUCACUUUAUCUCGGUUUCCCGGUUCUAAUUACGUUUUCAAGAUCUACGACCGGGAACAGACAAAUUGUCCACUUGAAUUUCUUGGACCGCCUCAAUAUGUUAUCACAACGAUAGCAAUGUCCCAACUUGCUUUCAUCGAUCCUAGUCCCCGACAUUCAUUUCGAGAUAGUCUACAGACCCCGCUUUUUGGAGCUUUUGACCGUUUCCCAAUUAUUCGACGUAAGAAGGUGAUUCAUUACGAAUGCGACGCCGGACAAAACGGUUUUCAGCAAUAUGUGAUCCUAUUAUUGGAUAGAGAAGCUCAAACAUCCAAAUUUGUGACUUUGUGGAGUGGUGCCAGUCGAUGUACAGAGGACCUUGCUGGAAACGAAGAUUGGAAGCUGCAGCUUAAGCUUGCAUACGAAGCUUCCGAGUCCACGGAAGCACAAAAACGCUUGAUCUUUUGGCACGAGACACCAGACGUUACUACAUACAGGAGUAGGAAAGCUAUCAACGAAGCUCUGAGCAAGUUGUUGGUCCAUACAAUCCGUCCUCUCCAGAUUGGCUUGGAUCCAUACAUUGUAAUUUGA